AUGUUAAAUAUUUUGGUUGCAAUUCCUGGUUCCGUACCUUCGAAAGACCUUAAUGAGGGUCUUCUUUUGGCAGCUAAAGAAGGUUACACCGAAUGUGUCGAUUGCCUGAUAAAAGCCGGGGCUGAUAUUGAUACAACUGAUAAUUCUGAUCAGACACCUUUUUACCUGGCUGUCUGCAACAAUAAAAUCCCUUCGGCACUCUUUCUUCUCAAAGCUGGGAAUGAAUGCGAUGCACUUGCCAAUAAUGGUUUUGCUGCCAUUCAUAUUGCCUAUAACCUCAGGAAUAAUUUUUAUAACUAUUCCUUCUGUUAUCAUUCUCCCACUUCUUUCUUCUUCCUUCCCCUUUCUAUUUCCUCCUCCUUCCUGUUUUUCUCCCCACCUCCUCUCCAAUUUUCCUCCUCUUUCUGUUUUUCUCCUCCUACUGUUCUCCUUUCUAUUUUCCUCUUCUUUAUGUUCUCUAACUCUCUCUUCCCUAUUUUUACUUUUUCUAUUUUUCCCCUCCUUCCAUUCCCCUUUAUGUUUCCCUGCUCUUUCUGCUUCCCCACCCACUCCCUUCUGUUCCUCUCCUAUUUUUCUCCACUUCCUGUUUUUCUACUCCCACUGUUCCCAUUAAUGUUUUCCUCCAGUUUUUGUUUUCCUACUUCUGCCACUCUUCUCUCCUCCUCAUAUUUUUCUCUUCCUCCUGUUACCUUUUGUUUCCUCCUCUUCAUGUUUUCCUCUUCUUUUUGUUUCCCCCUCCCUCCCCCUACUAUUUUUCUUCUCCUCCUCUUACAUUUCUGUUUCCAAAAAAGGAGAAAAUGA